AUGAAUUAUGAAGUACGAGAGGACGUUCCUAUGCUGACAGCAAUUUCACCAAUUCAACCAACACCAAUCGCGCUUCCUGUUGAACAAGACGGAUCCGGUCAUCGAGAAACCAUUAUUCCAUUGUCACCUGCUACACCGCAAGAAGAUUCAGCAGGGUUUAGUGGUAAUGCGGGGGGACUUAACGAUAAUGGUACUUUCGUUGCACCUCAACCGGCCAACCCAAGUGCAGUUCUUGCAGUUGAAGCUAGACCAUCAGCACAACCAUCAACGACUUCUGCAAUUUCAUCACCAAGAUAUCGUAGUGUAUUGGAAGCAGCUUCACCAAAAAAUCGAAAUUUACCAAAAGCAGAACUUUUACGACGAUAUAUUAGAGAAAAGGAAGAUCGUAUUGGGAGGCAAACAUCUCAAGCAACUCCACAAUAA